UCUCUUUUCAGAAACAUGUUUUUAAUUGGUGGCACCAUUUUGCACCAUGACCAAGAAAAUUAAGUUUUGAAAAUAAUACGUCAACAAAAGAUAUAAUUACGUGUUCAUCUCAAUUUCUUUCCAUACAGAUGCCGAAGUUCAAAAACUGGAAGCAGGAAGACGUCAACAAUGCCCUGAGGAGAGUGGACCUUGGUGAGCUCUCCAUACGAGAAGCUGCUACCGCGUAUGGGGUUCCCAAGUCUACCCUCCAUGACAAACUCAGUCACAAGUCCCCCUUCGUCAGUAAGCAGGGCCCUAAGCCAUACUUGACGAGGGCAGAAGAGGAGGUAAUUUGCACGUGGGCAAUCCAGAUGGCCAGGAUAGGAAUGGGCCAAACAAAGGACGACAUCAAAAACGUUGUGAAACAAACUCUCGACAAAGAUGGACGACCAAAUCCAUUUCCAAACAACAAACCAGGAGACACAUGGUUUUCAGGAUUCCUAAAGAGGAACCCACGACUAAGCCUGAGGACGCCGCAGGCAAUCGGCAAGGAGAGGGCCAUUGUCACAGCGGGCACAAUCAAUAUAUGGUUCGAUGAAUUUGAAUCGUAUCUUAAGGAAGUGAACGCCACGAGCAUCCUCACCGAACCGAACAGGAUGUUCAACUGCGACGAGAGCGGCUUUGCAUUGGGGGGGAAAGCGGGAAAGCGAGUCCUGGCAGAGAAGGGAAGUAAGGUAGUACAUGUCGUUAAGUCAUCUGAUAAGAGCCAGGUCACGGUUCUGGCUACUGUGAGCGCGACAGGAACCUUCCCUCCUCCCCUCAUAGUGUUGCCUGGCAUAAGGGCAGAGUACCAUUACGGCCACAUGGUGGGAGCACCGAAGGGGGCAUUCUUUGGAAGAACCGAAAGCGGAUGGAUGGACUCGAAGACAUUUCUUGGCUUCGUGACUAAUUUGUUCCAUCCGUUUUUGGUUCGAAACAAGAUUCCCCUGCCGGUGCUCCUGCUUGUUGAUGGGCACUCAACGCACUAAAGUCUGGAGGUAGCAAGAUUUUGCCAUGAAAAUGGAAUCAUCCUAUAUCGUUUGCCGCCUCAUGCUACGCAUCUCCUUCAGCCUUGUGACGUCUCCGUUUUCAGGUCACUGAAAGCGGAGUGGUACAAGGCUGAGAGGCAGUAUCGCAUUGACCAUCCGGGCAACUUUGUGACAAAACGCCUCUUUGCCUCGGUAUUUAGAGAGGCUUGGGAAAAAGUAGCUGCGAAACCAUCGCUAGGGGUCAAUGGUUUCAAGGC